AUCCAUUAUGGAAAAGCCAACAGUGCAUUUGUGAAAGCUAAACAAACUUAAGUAGCCUUUUGUGUGAUUGAAAUGAGAACAAACAUAGCAUACACUUCAAUGUAUCCAUGUCUUGCAAACAUUGAAUGGUCAUAUUGAGAAGGAAAAUUACUACAGGAUUACAUAUUAAAAUAUGCUGACUAAAACACAAUCAACUGUUAAUUGUGAAUCCAGAAUACAACAACUAUGACAAUGGUAGCUAGGGAUUACAGACCUGCUUAAAUAUUUCCUGUAACUGGAUUUCUACACAUGCUGUAAAGUCUGACUAUUGCAGGAUUAAAAUCAAAUCGCUGUUAAAUGAUUGGCAAUUUAACAAGUUCUGAACUUAAAAUUUCUUUAAACAAUUUGUGAUGUGUGAUUUUAAAAACAGAUCAGUAACUGCCAUUUAAAUCAAAUAUAAUUCCCAAUGUGACAGAGAUUCAUGGAUUUACACAGUUUAGUGAUUGAAAUUAAUAAAAAUUUAAUAAGCGAGUAAUGAUAAUGUUGCAUAUAUAUUAAUAUAAUUCCUAUAUUUGUAUCAAAAUAAGGCAAGAUUGUUCAUGUUACAUACUCCAAUUUAAUCCUCAAGACAAACAUGGGAUAAACCCCUGAUUGUCCAUAGUCAAAAUGUGCUAUAAUCUGACACAACCUAAAGAAGACAAAAUGUGCAAUAAAAUGACAAGAUGUUUGAAUACACAGUUGACUUUAUCUCUCUCACCAUGUUAAAUAGAAAUUGAGGAUAAAAUAUGCACAAGGAUGAAUAUUAGUAAAAGUUUUUGUUUUUAGAGAGGUCAAUAAAUUGAAAUGUGCAUGUUCAAAACUGAAGAUUUGAAAAAAUCUGUGAUUUUAAUUAUUAAAGAUGUGCUUUCUGUGAUGCCAAGAAUGUAAAUAUUUGUUUAUUUGAAAAAAGUACUUUGUGAUGGGGAAUAAAUGAGAUAUAACAUUUGGAGGGAGAAGGCCAAUCGUAAUUAACAGAGGAAUUUAAACUUAAAACAAACUAAUAUACAUGGAUUAAUAUGAAUUUGUCUUGUUUCUGUCAAUAACAUACAGUAAAUAUACAGAAAAUGUUGAAAAAAGCAAGAUUUGCCAAACCUGUUCAGCAAAUGGUGGAAUAUGGGACUGAGCCUGCCAAAAUGGAGAAGCAAGGCUCUGCCAAGUCUAAAAGCGGGUCAAGGGAGGGAAGUCCUUCAAAAUCAGCAAAAAAGACGCCAAGUCCAAACAGAAAGUCAAAGUCUCCCAACAGAAAGGGAACCCCAGGUGAACUUAAGUCAGCCAUGCGAAAGGGAAGUGGGAAAGACAAAGUGAAGAAGAAAACAAUUGUUAAGUCCCCCGAUCUUACGGCAGACGGACUAAGGAUCAUUGAUAUGUCUGGCCAGGGCAUGACAAUCCUUCCCAUGUCUGUUGUUGGCACAAAUGAUACAGGGGAGCUAAUCCUGGCAUCCAACAAUUUACGAUCCCUACCACCAGAGAUCAAGCGCUUAACAGAACUGAGAAAACUGGACAUCAGUCGCAAUGGAAUACGAUGUACAAAUCCAGGCGACUUUAGUGGCCUUCCAGGGGAAAUCAAAGAACUUGUGAAUUUAGUUGAGCUGAAAAUUUCAGAGUGCAACCUUCCAUACAUUCCCCCAGCAAUCUGGACCCUUACACAUCUUAAAAUACUAGACAUAAGUCGAAACAAGAUAAACAUACUCUCACCCGACAUAGGGGAACUGGUAAAUCUACAAAAACUGAAUCUCCAGCAGACAAACAUCACCACGCUUCCACCCGAGAUUGCAUACUGUCAAGAACUGGAGGAGAUUCUUCUAUGGGGAAAUGUUAUCGAGUCUCUUCCCGAGACACUUCCCGAAAUGUUAAAACUACGCACGCUUGCAGUGAACUACAGAAGCUUCUGUGCCCAAGUGGAUUCCUUUCAAGAAUCCGAAGAACUGUUACGCAAGGGGAAAAUGACCUCCGAGCAUAUUCCACUGGUUGUGUUUGAACUAGCAACACUAGAAGUGCUUGAUUUAGAAAACACCAAAAUAAACAAUGUACCAGAACUUUCAACUAUCUCUUUACGUGAGCUCUAUUUAUGCAAGAAUUUUCUCAGCAAAGUUCCACCCAGUCUUUUUAACCUCAACCAUUUGCAGAUCCUCGACAUGUCCCACAAUCUGCUACAAGUUAUGCCGGACGAAAUCUCGCGAGUCAAAAGCCUGGUAGUGUUACGUCUGAACAAUAAUCAGAUCGAACGAAUCCCACAAAAAAUCAGAGACCUUUCAAACUUGGAGGAGCUCAAUAUUUCCUACAACAGAAUUCGUUACAUGCCUAACGCAGUGGGAGGACUAAAGAUGCUAAGACGUCUUCUGGCUGAAAAGAAUGAGCUUAGCAGUCUGCCUGAUGAAAUUUGCCACCUGGAAAACCUGGAAACACUUGACCUUACAGAGAAUCGGAUCACAGCCUUGCCCAUGAAGAUGCAUCAGUUGAGAAAUAUCACCACUGCUCACAGCUUUCAGAGGCUUUCCAAAUGUGGACUGUGGUUAUACAAGAACCCUAUACACACACCUCCUCCUGAGAUUUGGAAGACAGAAAAACCUGAGAAAAUAUUUGAGUACCUAAAGAAACUAGCCAUCAUCAAAACGGAAAAUCUUCUAAGGCAGAAACUACUCUUUUUUGGUGAGAGUGGCAGUGGGAAAACCAGUCUGAUUAAUGGAUUGGUGCAUAGAAAAUCAAUCCUGACAAAUGGCGAGACUGAUAAAACAAGAGCGUUGACACAAACAAAGUGGAAGACAGACAACAAUGUAGAUUUCAUGCUGCAUGACUUUGGUGGUGACAAGGCUUACUCCAUGCUCUACCCAUUGUUUUGUGAUGCAAAUGCCUUGGUGUUACUUGUUUACAAUCAUGGUACUUACAGCACAGACACCCACUACCAGCAAAUUGGGAAUUGGAUUGAGUUCUUCAAUACAUACAUGCCAGGUGCGGUUGUUAAAUUAGUUGGCACACAUCUUGAUUCGUAUGAUGAAUAUGCAGUUGAGGAUGAAAACGCAAAUUUGUCCGAGAUGCCAUCUAGGUCUGGAUCAUCUACAUCCAGACUGCAAUCACAGAUGUCAGUUCAAUCUAAUAAGUCAGGUCAAUCUGAAUGGUCAAGGUCAGUGCUAUCGGGGAGGUCACUGCAUAGUCGUGCCAGUGUGACCCCAAACUUGGAAACUUCUCCAAAUCUUGAGCAAAUUGAAUCCCUCGCAAACCCCAUACCUCUGAGUCGUAGCAGCAGCUGUCUUAGUCAGUCAAAAUCUGUCCAAGAGCUUGUGAAGACAAACGUCAUGCGACAGAUGCAGACAUACACUGAAUCUCUGAAACAAAAUUUGGAAGAACUGGACACAAGCAUAGAAACUGCUGAGAAAAGCAAGCAACCUAUGCAGUACAUUAAGCACUUGCAGAUACAGCAAAAGAAGGUUGAGAAUUUACUCCUGCAUCCAUUACGCAUCAUGCCUGACAUUGCACUUGUCAGCAACCAUGAAGGCCUCUAUGGAGUGAGAAAUCUUAUUGAAAGUCUAGAACUAAUGGUCAUUGACAACAAACUGUUUCCUAACGCCCAGAGGUCUAUACCAGACAAAUGGCAACAUUUCAAAAUCUCACUUAAGAGGCACAAAACAUACUCUGUGACUUGGAAGAAAGUCGAGACCAGUGGAAAGGAACUUGAAAUGAAAGUAGAAGAGAUUCAGGAAUGCCUACAAUACUUGCAUGACGUAGGGGAGAUUCUCUGGUACAGGGAUGUGCCAUCAUUAGCCAAAAUGGUGUUUCACAAGCCUCGAAUUCUUAUCCAGCUUCUGAUGUCCAUGUUCAGACAUGAUAUGGAAAAUUUCUUGAAUUUCGAGGAUAACAAGGUUUUUCUCAGCAAAGGAAUGUUUGAAAAGGCCGAUUUCAAACAGGCAAGGGAUAUAUUUUUGAGGAAUGGACAAAUCUCACGGCCCCUGAUGAACUGUUUCUGGUUCUUUGAAGAGCUUGAUUAUGACCAUUUCAAUGACCUGGUUGAACUUGUGCCGCACAUAGAUUUCUGUUAUUCCAUACCAGAGCCAAGCAUUCCCAAAGGCGAGUUGUACGCAUACCCGAUUGUAGUUCUUCCCUGGUAUAACAAAGAGAGGGUUGGUACAGAUUUCACCGACCGUUGGAAUGACGCACUAACCAAAAUACACAAACCUAAAAUACUCAUGGUUACCUACGUUUUGCCACUAGGCAUACCAUUAGGACUUUUUGAAAAGAUCACCUGUUUACUGCAAAAGCAUGUAAACACAAGGAUUGAUUGGACCAAUGGAAUCCUGGGCACCACAAAGACAGAGAUUUUGAAAUUAACCAUGCAUGGUGACCAACAAUCUUCUGACCUUGACACAGAAUCUGGGGAUAUUCCAUUGUGUAAGCAGAUAGAAGUGGAAGUUCACCUCACCAUUGUCUCUGAAGAAGACAGUGAAUCAGGGGGCACUACUCUACUCAAGGAGCUUACAAGGGAGAUAACUGAUGUCAUGUCACGGACACCAGGGUUGGUAUGGCGACUGCACACAAGCGAGGAGAUAUGGAGGUUGCCAUCAUUGCAGUUUGCAUUGAAAUCUGUGCAGUUUAGCAAGCAAACCUGAUCUCUCAAUGGCGUUACUGGGAAAAAGUAAAACCAGAUAUAAACAUGAUGUAUGCAUAUAUCAGACAAUUUAGAUAUGGAAUGGCUUUAAAGUUGCAUAGUGCUAAUAUACAAUAUAAUGUUAAAUACAGAGAAAUUAUUACAUCCAUAAACAACCAUAGUACUUAAUACAGCCAUUGUAUUUAAAACAGUCUUAGUAUUUAAUGUCAAAGAUAGUAUGUAAAUUAUAAUCAACUUAAAUACAUUAUCAGUUAAAUAUAACCAUUAUCAGGCAGGUAUCAGAUAUAUCUAAUGCAUUCAUUAUUUUAGCAAAAAUGCAACAUGUUAACUGCAGCUUUGCAGAAUUGUUAAGGAUUUGGACUUGCUGUGAAGUUUAUAUUCCAUGUAUUGUAGCGUACAUAAAUCACUGUUUAUUUUAUGCUUUCUGGUGGUUUAUAGAGAAAUAUCAGUGAAUUAAAACUGAUAAUUUCACUGUUUCAAACAGUGACAAUAAUUUUCACUGUUUACUGUGAAAUGACGUCACUUUUUUUCACGAAAUGACGUCAUUAUCCCAGCGAAAUUCUUAAGUUAAAAUGUUUAACAAUGUAUCAUAGAAAAAAAAUAUUUUCACUUGUGGCUGUGCCACUCGUGAAAAUAUUAUUUUCUAUGCCCCACUCGUAAAAAUAUUAUUUUCUAUGAUCACUCAUGAAUUAAAAUCGAUAAUCCACCUAAUCCAACAAAUAUCCUCUAUUUAUUCACAUGUGAAUUCUAUUGCUUUUAUUGUUCUUUGCUUUCCCUUUUUUAAAUAAAGUUUACAACUGAUAACUCCUUAAUAUUAACAUACUUAAAAAGCAGAUUACUUCAUUGUUUACCUCCAAAAUAUUUUCUUACAGCAUUUUGCAGAACCUGUCAAUCUCAGAAUCUAUGCCAGGUUUUGAACUCUCCAUAUUACAAUAUUUUUUCUAUUUGUCUGUGUGAUAUCUGUGAGAUAGGUAACAAAUAAUAAAAAAUCUACAUGGCAUACAAAAAAGCAAUGAAAAGGCUUGUUUAAUUAAGCAAUCAAUACAAGUAUCAUGUGUUAUAUCUUGUUUUUUAAAGAAUCCAAAAGACUUUAAAUCAAACUGUUUUCAGCUAGUUGUCUCCCUUUCGUUUCCUUCAAAACCAGAUUCAUGUCUCCUUUAGUAUUAGAUGUUUGAAUAAAUAUUUUUGGUUAGGAAAGCUAGUCGAAAUGUUUUAAUAAGAAUAAUGUGAGGAAAUAAUCAAAAUGUUGCUUGGUGAAAGUUUAUCUUACUCGUAUUUUUAUUACGCAUGUGAUUAGCUUUUUACGUAUUGACUACAAAAUGUAUUUUAUAUUUGUUGACGUCUUAGAUAAGUUACCUGAAUAAACUGUUUUACCUUG